AUAAGAUAACAGAUAGGUAAUCAGAAGUUACUGAAAAGAAGGUGUAUAUACCUAUGUAAAAUAGUUAGAAAUAUUUGCAUGUGAUUGAGGAUAAAAAUGAGUAAAAUAAAAAAAAUUGUGACAAUAGGUGAUGGUGCGUGUGGAAAAACAUCUCUUUUGACGACUUUUAGUUUUAAUGCCUUUCCCGAACGUCAUGUGCCCACGGUUUUUGACGCAUAUUCAAAAGAUAUCGAGGUGGACGAUCAAACAGUUACGCUAGCUUUGUGGGACACAGCGGGAGAAGAAGACUAUGAUAGGCUUAGACCAUUAUCCUAUUCGAGGACAAGUGUAGUGCUCAUUUGUUUCGCAGUAGACUUUCCAGAUUCCUUAUCCAACGUUAAGGACAAGUGGUAUCCAGAAGUUAAACACUUUUUACCGUACGUACCGUACAUACUUAUAGCAAAUAAAUUAGACCUCAGAACUGAUCCAGAAACAAUUAAAACUUUAGCCGAUAGAAACCAGCACCCAGUUAGCCAAGAAGAAGGAGAAAGGAUGGCUAAAAAGAUUAAGGCAGUUAAAUAUAUGGAAUGCUCAGCCAAACACCUUUUUGGAAUUAGGCCAAUUUUUGAAGAAGCGGCUCGCAUUGCACUUGAAACCAAAACUAAGAGUAAAAUAAAGCAUUGUAAAUUUCUAUAGGUAGUUGUUAUAAAAACAGUGUGGUCUCAAAUUGUUGACGCAAUGUCAUGACAUAAGAUUAUUUAAAUUAAAAGUACAUGUUACAAUUUAAACUAUGUAAUAAAAUUAUAGUUAGUUAAUAAAAUCACUCGUUUUUCUUCUU